AUGUUGUCGUCUGAAGCUGAGAUUAGAGAGAAUGUUAGAACACUCUAUGAUGACGUCAUAAGGACAUUUACUUCAGUGGGAAGUCUUCCACACAUAAUCCGGGAGACCAUUAACAAGAACCAUGGUGACAUAUUCGAGAAAUUAACCAGAAAAAGGACUGCAUUAUCUGAGGAGCUUUGCCAGGUGGUCGUUUCUGGAGAAAUAUCAUCUGGAAAAUCAUCAUUACUGAAUUUCAUGAUCGGCGCAGACGUACUUCCAACUUCGGUUUUAGAAAGCAGAAGUGUUCCUUGCCGCCUGCGAUAUUCUUUGAAAAAGAUUGCAAAUUUGAUAGACACUUCCGGUCACGUGGUAGAAAGUGUACAGUUUCAUGAUGACCAGGAAGCACUUGCUAGGCUAAAGAAAAUUAUAGAAGGAAAUUGUGAAUAUCAGGAUCUUUCUUAUGUUGACAUUUUUCUUAAUGAGGAUACAUUGAAAGGAAAUGUGGUAUUGGUCGACACACCGGGGAUAAAAGAAGAGGUCGACGAAGAUAACACACAACUGUUUUAUCAUCUUCGGAAAGCCUCUGCAUUUGUCUAUAUCAUCAAGACAGACAGCGCUGGGGGUACACACAAGCUAUUCAAGAUAAGAAAAAGAGUAAAAGAACUGAAGGUAGAAGGAGAAACAGAACUAAAUCCAGACUGCAUUUUAUACGUGUGUAACAAAUGGGAUCAGGUGGACGACUGCGAGGAUACAAGGGUGUUUGAGGAAAUUCGGUCUAGAUUAAGAAGACAUGGAAUCGAGGUCAAAGAAGAUCAGUUGCUAAAACUUAGUGUCAGAAAGGAGAGGAAAAAACGACAGAAAGGAAAGCCCCCUUCUGAGCAGUAUAACAAGUUCAUUGACAAACUUCGACGUUUGAUCAACUUAGCAGUAAAAGAUAGAUAUCUUUCAGAGUGUCAAUGGCUAGAAAGAACACUAAAAGAAAUUCUUUCCAUACUGGACGUUUAUCAUGGAAAUAUGUCAAAAACUUUGGAAGAGAGAAUUAAAACUAAAACAGAAUUUGAAGACAAAAUGUCUUCUCUGAAAGAGCUUGUAGAGAAGCCCAAAAUAAAGUACUGCAGGGAUGUCAUUGAAAUAUACAGAAGUUUAUCUUUAAAAUUACACAAACAUUUACGGGCAGAGAACACAUGCUCUAAAAUUAUAAAGGAAUGCAAAGCAGAAAUACAGCGGAAAAUGGCAGUUUUUAAGCCCAGAACAUAUGAAAACGUGAUCAACUUUUCAGUAAAUUUACUACAGGAAAUAAUAAAUGAAGAAAUAACUGAAUGGCGCGAAAAGAAUGAUGUUGAGAACGCUUGCGCAAAAGUAAAAUUAAAGGUACUUGGCAGUUUCCGGUCACUUGAACGGAACAUUGAACAGGAAUUAACAGACUCUGGUGAAAGUGUGUGUUCUUCAAAAUCUGCAGCGUCUUGGGGAAGUGCGCAAGCGCCAAUCACAGCCACUGACAGCCAAUCAUUAAAUAUGGAAGAAGAAGAGGAGAAUCGACUCUUCACGAAAGGUGAGAAAAUUGGUAUAGCGCUGUCCAUCCCUCUGUGGUUCCCUGUGGCGAUUACCGCAAGUUUGUUUGUGGUUCCUGUUGGUAUAAUAAAAGUUCUGUCAAACAAACUCAGCAAUAGGAACGCCAUCACUCAAUUCCGAGAAAAUAUAACUGAAUGCCUAAUGGAUAUCCUCAAUAAAUUAUAUGACUUAGAUAUCUUCACAACUGACAGGUUUUUUGAAGAAUUUGACAGAAACCAAAUCCAUGUGUUUAAUCAAUGGAUAGAUUUACAACAAAAAGCAUUUUGUAAAGAGAUAGAUAGUAUAUCAGCAGUGCUACAAAAACUGGUCGGGGAAGUGACAAUACAUACCGAUGAAAACAUUGCAAUUGAACUUUUCUUAAAGCAAGUGAGAAAAUUUCAAAAUGAGUGUUGUACUAUUGCGUGUAAGAACAACGACGAUAGGUGUAUAUCUCACCAAAAACAAACGAGUCCAAGUAAAUAGGAUUGUUCGUUAAUGUUUAAAUCUUUAGGGAAGUGAGGAAAAGAAAACUUGUUGUUUGAUAAUAUUGGAUUCUA